AUGGAUGAUUUCUUCUUACCGGAGUUUACAUUCGAAGACAUCGAUUUCGACUUCUCUAUGGACGAGGAAAUUCUUUCCUCCGACCGAGAAACCGCACAUAAACCUCAGAUUUCAUAUGACCAUUGCGACAACGAUCAAACACAAGGGUUCUUGUGUGAGCGAUCAUCCGUGAAGCAGAUGAAGAACAGUAGCCGGAAUUCUUGCUCGAGUUCGACCACCAAACCUUGUUUUCCUUAUAAUUUUCCUUCGGAGUUGUUCUCUUUCGAGUUUUCUAAUCUUUCACCUCAGACAACGGAGAACACUAAUAUCGAUAUUCGUUCACCAAGAUUAGGACAAGGGACCAAACGAAAAGGAUGCACUCCCGGUGCGAGAUCACCGGUCCUCGCAAAAGAACACGUCUUGGCCGAGCGAAAGCGUCGGGAGAAGCUUUCCGAAAGAUUCAUUGCUCUUUCAGCUCUUAUUCCAGGUCUUAAGAAGGCGGACAAGGCGACGGUCCUCGGGAACGCGAUCACGCACCUAAAAGAGCUCCAAGAACGAAUAAGAGACCUCGAGCAAGAAAAAGAAGCAUCGAGAGAAACGGAAACAAUGAUCGUUGUGAAGAAGUCGAGAAUUUUGGUGGAGGACGAAACCCGCGGUUCCUCCUUCUCAUCAUUGGGCGAGAAUCUCGAUCAAGAAUUGCCAGAAAUCGAAGCCAACAUGUCGAGAGACGAUGUUCUGAUUCGACUACACUGCGAGAAGAACAAAGGGUGCAUCGUUCGCAUAUUGAACGAGAUCGAGAGGCUACAUUUACGCGUCAUGAACAGCACAGUGUUACCAUUCGGUGACUUCACUCUUGAUAUCACUGUCCUUGCAAAGAAGGAGAAAGAUUUCUGUAUGACGGUGAAAGAUCUUGUUAAGAGCUUGAAACUCGCGAUGCUAUAA